UAUAUUAACCACACGUGCUAGUGUUUAUAUAGUUUAUUUUCCUUUAAUAAAUAAAUAAUUAAGAUGAAAGAAAAAGUAAUAAUUGAUGAAAUUGUGGAAGCAAAUGAAUCAACUUUACCAACCUUAGUAAACUUUCAGAAUGGUGAGCUGAAGGAAGUUAAUGAAGACAAAAUGCAAUUUCAUGCAAUUAAAUAUAAGGAUAACACAAAAGGUGUUAUGGUGAAGGUUAAUGAUGAUGUGUACCAUGGACCAUUCACCGAAAAUGAACACAUGCAAAAUUUUAUAUGCAUACGAAACAAAGAAACUAACAAAAUGCGGCUCAUACCCAUUAAGCAGGCGAUGGUCAACAAUCAAGUCUACAAUGAAUUGGAGCGUAAACGUAUAGCACAACUUCCGGCAGAAGUAAGUAGACUGCAUAUGUUAAAAGAAUUCGGUGGGCGUAAGGCAUCGCGUUUUGUGACCAGCCGCGAAAAUAUGAAAGUAAAUAUUGACAUGGUAAAAGAUGAUUUGGAUGCGACAGUCAAUGACUCUAAGAUUGAGCAAGAUGAUCCAAAUGAUAGCACCAGUAAUGUGUUAGUUACACAGUACGACAUAAUACGGCCUAAAUUUAAUGCAGAAGCAACAAAACAGGAACAAAUUUACGAUGUACACGAUGUAGUACCAGAGGAAUUGCUUGAACGUUUGGAAGAUGAAGCGAAGGCCGUAUUUGAUGCUGAUGUUUCAGAUUUACCUAUCAAUUCAGUGUAUAUACUUAAUCUUGUAAAGAAGCUAAAGGAAUCGCCAAUUUCAAAUCAAAGUAUAUUGCACAUAAAAUUAUUGGUGUAUAUGGAUUGUUUGCUAAAUUUUAUAAAAUCGCGUGCACGCAGUAUGAAGAAUGUUGAAUUAUCACAAAUUAGUGAAAAAGUGGAAAAUCAUGUGCGUUCUAAUUUCGUAAAUCCAAAUGGUACAUCUUUCUUACGCACCGUUCUGGGUACAGAGAAAUCCAUUUGUUAUUAUAUUGUAUUAGCAUUAUUAACAAGCGAAAAAUAUGAGGUGGAUAUGAAAAUUCUUCUGCAGGAUCUUUGUGUACCUAAAGCAAAGAUAGUCAAAUUGGCACAUUUAGUCAAUGCACGCGUUAAAGUUGGAUCGGAUCGUCUUUGCCUGUAUUUACCAAAGAAUAUGCCUGAACUUAAAACUAGAAAGAGAAAAUCGUUAUAAGAAAUAUUGUUAAAAUGU